UUAGGCAGAAUCAAUGGGACUGAAGCAAUUAAAGGCAUAUCAUUGAACAUGUCUACUGCCAAAGAGCUAAAUUUAAAACCUACAGCCUUCGAGAAAAUGUAUAAUCUUAAGUUUCUCAAGUUCUAUGCUUCACCCAGUAAAAUCAAAGUAUACCUUCCUAAAGGCCUCAGUUUUCUGCCAGAAGAGCUAAGGUUACUCCACUGGUAUCAAUUCCCUUUAAAAUCUUUGCCGCUGGGUUCUUAUGUAGAGAAUCUGGUCGAACUUCGCAUGUGUGCAAGCAAACUAAAAGAACUUUGCAGUGGAGUUCAGCAACUGGGAAAUUUGAAAUUCGUCAAUCUCAGUCACUCUAAGGAGCUAAUAAGAGUUCCAGACUUGUCUAAAGCCGCGAAACUUGAGUUUUUAGAUCUGAGUUACUGUGAAAGUUUGGUUGAGAUUCCCUCUCCAAAAUAUUUGAGCAAGCUUACUCGAUUGCAUCUAACGAAAUGCGAUAGUCUUUGCACUUUACCAAGCCUCCUUGAUUUGAAAAGUCUCAAGGAAUUUAGGGCCUCUGAAUGCUUAAAACUUGCAGAGUUUCCAGAGUUCCCGUAUAACGUAGAGGAGCUAGUUUUGCAACGAACUAGAAUAGAAAAGGUGCCCCCAUCAAUUGGGUCUCUCUCUCGUCUUUCCUCACUUGACUUGAGUGAUUGUACAAUGCUUGAAAGUCUCCCGGACAGCAUUUGCAAUCUGAAGUCUCUAAUGGACUUUCAAAUCACAGGAUGUGUAAAUCUAAAGAGAUUGCCAGAAAACAUAGGGAAUUUGGAAUCUCUAGGGGGCUUAAAUGCAAUCAAUUCUGGUUUAAUAGAACUACCAGACAGCAUCUGCAAUCUUAGAAAAUUAAGAACUCUCCUGGUAGGGAACUGUGCAAAUCUCCAUAGUGUGCCAGAGAAAUUGGGGGAUUUAGAAUCUCUAACAGCGCUUCAUCUUGGAGGUAUUCGUAUCAAAGGACUACUGUCUUCUGUCAAUCUGUGGAGACAAUUGACGUUCAUAAAACUAGAAUCUUGUGGCCUAUCAGAAUUUCCUAGCUGUCUUUGCCAUUCGGAUUCAUCACUGGAAUAUUUACUGAUAGGUGGGAAUAAUUUCGAGAGCAUACCUGAUUGCAUCAAACAACUAUCUAAGCUGCUUUAUUUGAGUUUUGGACAAUGUAAGAGACUAAAAUAUUUACCAAGUGAACUUCCAUCUCUCUCGAAAUUAUUUAAUAUAUUCGGAGAUAAUUGCACUAGUUUGAAAUCAGCAUCCAGCUUAUUCCAACUAGACAACAUUGUUACAUUUGCAUUUGCUAAUUGCUUCAAUUUGGAUUUGGGUAAGUGUAAUGAAUUUGUGGAUCAUUUACUAGCCACACCUCUGGCGAGUAGAAAGACUAUUUUUUACCCUGGGAAUGAGCUGCCACAAACGAUGAUGUAUCAAAAUAACUGUGGAUAUUCUCUGACUUUGUCUUCAUCAUCCAAACAAUGCGAGAGGGUGCAAUUUGGUCUCUGCGUUGUUAUAGAUCCAAAGUUUUUGGACUCUGUUUGGCAUGGUGUAUCAAGUAUUGGUUACACAGUCUAUAUUUUCACCAACGAGACUCUGAAAGAACUAGGUUAUCUCGAGGUUAAGGAGUUUAUACCUCCGCGUUAUGAAGUUUUUUAUCCAGAGUCAAGCGAAGGUUUCGUCCUUCAUUCAGAACAUGUGGUCUUUUGGAGUGAGAGAAUUGAGCUCCCUUUAGAUAACAAGAAGACAGUCUUUGAAUUCUACGCUCUAGAUAUGGAAAACCGUCGCAAUUACAACGCGAUUGUUAAGUGUGGCGUCCAUCAUCACCUUAGGUUUAGUAAUGUGGUAGGUGAGGAGGACGAGGUUGAGGAAGAAGAAAAGAGAAAGACGAAGAGGUUGAGGAUGUUGUAGUCAGCGGUGGAAUUAAGGGGAGCCGGCCAGCCGAAGUAUUUUGCAGAGGAACUCCAACUAUAUUUUUUAGGAGGACUUGUACUCAUAAGUGCGUUACAAAUGUUCAACGUUGUCUAAAAUUCCAGAUGUAAAUUUAUCUGCUCGUGCUUUUGAAGGGAUGAAUAACCUUAGAAUCCUUAAAUUCUAUAAUCCUUUCUCCAGCAGAAUCAACGUGCAGCUCCCUGGAGGCCCCAGUUUUCUUCCUGACGAGAUAAGGUGUCUCCACUGGGAGCAAUACCCAUUGGAAUCUUUGCCGGCGAGUUUUAAUCCAAGAAAUCUUGUUGAACUGGAAAUGCCCCAUAGCAGAUUUAGACAAAUUUGGAGUGGAGUUAAGGCAUUUAGUUCUAUAACAAAUGUAGUUAACCUUUGUUAAUUUUUUUUAUAUAAUAUUUACUGGAACAGUAGGUCAGCAUUUGCUUCGCAGUGCAGGAGGUCAUGAAGGGUUCAAACUCCAAACCUUGCAGUCUCUUCCCUUUAAGAUUUUCCGAUGUACCAAAACCAAAUAUUGCCUUUUUUUCUUCGUUUUCUUUACAGCUUCUUGAAAAUCUAGUGCGUUUUAGCUACUCUGUACCUAAUCUUGUCUGAAGCUCCAAAUCUUGAGUUUGUCAA